AUGAAGGAACGUAGACAUCAACAACUUUGUUCAGGCCAUAGACUAAGCGUCACAAAAGGUUUACUUCUUAUCCUUAUUUUGGUGACUUCGGUUCUGUGUUGGUGGAACGCCGCUGAUAAAAAUACAGCUGAAAUAGUCUACAUAUUGAAUUUGAAUCACUUCAAAAAUAACCGAAAUUUAUCCUCUUACCUGCAGGAGACGAAACUUCUCUUGGAGCCUAGAAUACCGCCGUGCAGAGAUAAGGAGAUACCAAUACUGGUUACCGUUGCAACAAUUUUUUCACACGCCGAGCAGCGCGACGCGAUCAGAAAAACAUGGGCGACUCGUUUGCCCACCUUGUUCGUCGUCGGGCUUAAUGGGCCACAUGAACUUAAGCAUCUGACAGAUAAGGACCACGAUGAUCUAAUAGUCUACGAAUUUCAAGAGCAUUAUCAGAAUCUCACGUUGAAGACUGCCCUCAUGCUGAAAUGGACAUCGGAGAGAUGCUCAUCCGUGCAUUUCCUACUCAAAACUGACGACGAUAUUUUGUUAAACCCAUGGCAAUUGGAAAAGAUUAUCGAGAAAAGGCCUAACGCGGAUUUAAUUGGUUACGUUAACAAGAAUGCGGGUCUCUACCGCCAAGAACACAGUAAAUGGUAUCUACCCCGUUGGCUGUAUAAAAAUGAUACAGUACCCGAAUACCUUUCCGGAAACGCCUAUCUGAUAAAUGGAAAGCACCUAAGCAGAAUUCUGGAAGCUGCCUACGAAGUGCCUUUAAUUAAUAUAGAGGAUAUUUAUAUCACGUAUUUGGUGGCGAAACGGAAACUGGGUUUAACAUUGACGCACGAGGACAAGCUAUAUGGCUUUAGACCGUGGCUACCUGUGGCUACAUCUUACUGGCAAUUGGCGUCAGCGCAUAGCUUUACACCCCAAGAAAUGUACAGGUGGUGGUCUGAGUUGUUGUAUAUUGCAAAUACGAUUAAUUAA